GAGGGUGAUGGAGCCGGGAGCAACUUACAGAGUCCGCGAGUAAGGCGGGGGGUGAACCGGCGAAUGCAGGUGGAGACCAGACUGGAGGGAUUCAAACAGGGAGCUGUGUGAACAGAUGGACGAGGGUUUGGGAAGGACAAUACGUUUAAUGACUCUGGAGAAGAGAGGGAGCUUGGAGUCAUUAGCAAAAACAGAAAUUGAGUUUUUUGAGGCAAUGAGGGGAGUAUUACCUGAGGCCAUUGCUUCAUUGUGACAUGGAGAACGCUGGAGCAGCUGGAAAGGCUGUGGAUGAUUUUGUAAGGUUGAAUAGAAGCUCUGCAACGCUGGAGGAAGAUGAUUAUGUUCCAGAAUUGCUGUUGACCCUCCCUCCUCGUGAUCGCCUUGAUUGGGAAGAGACAAUUAGUGCUAUGGCGAGGAGUGCUGACCUUCCUGAUCUCCCUGGAGAACUCCCACUCCGUCCAUGUGGGAGCACCGCCAGCAUGAAAGUCAAACAUGUGAAAAAGUUGGCAUUCACUAAAGGUCACUUUCCCAAACUGGCUGAAUGCGCCCAUUUCCACUAUGAGAACGUUGACUUUGGCAGCAUACAGCUGGCGCUGACGGAGGAGCAGAGUGAUGCAAGCAAGAAUGGUGCUGAUACCAAAGACCUUGUGUUUCUGGUUCAGGUCUCCUGUCAGGGCAGGAGUUGGAUUGUGAAGAGGAGUUAUGAAGAUUUCCGGGUGCUGGAUAAACACCUCCAUCUCUGCAUUUACGACCGGCGGUUUUCUCAGCUUGCAGAGCUACCACGUACAGACUGGCUGAAGGACAGUGCAGAGGCCGUUACCCAGAUGCUGAUGGCGUAUCUGGCCCGACUCACUGUCAUAGCAGAUAACAAGAUCAACUGUGGGCCUGCUCUCACAUGGAUGGAGAUAGAUAAUAAAGGGAACCAUCUAUUGGUGCACGAAGAGUCCUCUAUCAAUGUUCCCGCCAUUGCUGCUGCACACGUAAUCAAGCGAUACAUCGCCCAGGCUGCCGAUGAGCUGUCCUUCGAGGUUGGAGAUAUAGUGUCUGUUAUUGACAUGCCACCCAAAGAAGAUACCACUUGGUGGAGAGGAAAGCAUGGGUUUCAGGUUGGAUUCUUUCCCAGCGAGUGUGUGGAGCUCAUUAAUGAUAAAGUUCCUCAUUCUGUGACUAGCGCAAUGCCAAAGCCAGUUUCAAAAAAACACGGCAAGCUCAUCACCUUUCUGCGCACCUUCAUGAAGUCACGGCCAACAAAGCAGAAGCUGAAACAGCGAGGAAUCCUGAAGGAGCGUGUGUUUGGCUGUGACCUUGGUGAACACCUGCUCAACUCUGGUCAUGAUGUCCCACAGGUACUCAAAAGCUGCACAGAGUUUAUUGAGAGGCAUGGAGUUGUGGAUGGCAUCUACCGACUUUCAGGAAUUGCAUCCAACAUUCAGAAGCUACGACAUGAGUUUGACUCUGAGCAGAUUCCUGAGUUAACGAAGGAUCUUUACCUCCAGGAUAUCCAUUGUGUUGGGUCCCUGUGCAAGCUGUACUUCAGAGAGUUACCGAACCCACUGCUAACCUACCAGCUGUACGAGAAAUUCUCAGAUUCUGUAUCAGUAGCUUCAGAUGAAGAUCGUUUGAUUAAAAUUCAUGAUGUCAUCCAGCAGCUUCCUCCUCCUCAUUACAGGACCCUGGAGUUUCUAAUGAGGCACUUGGCUCGAUUAGCGACCUUCAGUUACAUCACGAACAUGCACACUAAGAACCUGGCUAUUGUUUGGGCUCCAAAUCUUCUGAGGUCCCGUCAGAUCGAAUCGGCCUGUUUCAGUGGUACUGCUGCCUUCAUGGAGGUUCGGAUUCAGUCCGUGGUGGUAGAAUUCAUUCUCAAUCAUGUAGACAUGCUCUUCAGCUCCAAGCUCAGCUCAGUAAUGCGAGAGGGAGCAGGACAUACAUCUCUGUCUCGGCCCAAGUCCUUGCUGGUGUCAUCCCCUUCCACCAAACUACUCACUCUGGAGGAGGCCCAGGCUCGAACCCAGGUCCAGAUUAUUUCCCCUGUUAAUUCAGACAGCAAAUACAUCGAAGUAGGUGAUGGGCCUGCAGCAUUACAGGGCAGGUUUCACACGGUCAUUGACUUCCCAAUUGACAGGAAGAGGACAAGCAGCAAACCCAAGAAAUCACCUGUUGGUACCUGGCGGUCUUUUUUCAACCUAGGCAAGUCAUCCUCUGUGACCAAGCGGAAGCUGCACCGUAACCCCAGUGAGCCGACCCAAAUGAAGUCCAUGGUUUUGGCAGCCAGGGGUGAUUCAGGAACACUUCGCUCUGCUAAAAGUGAGGAGUCUCUUUCAUCUCUGCACAAUGUUGAAGGAGAAUCGAAGGUGUACAGACCUAGAAGGCCUCGGUCUAGCAGUGAUGCUCUCUCUGUUUCCUUCAAUGCUGCUGGCCUUCCAGGCUUCAACUACUGCAACUCCUAUGAUAACCUACCCAAUGAUGAGAGCGAAAGAGAGGAUGCAGUAUGCCAAGUCCCUGCACUGAUGUCCCCCAGAAUGGAGGAAGUGGAACUAAGUCCACCAGAUAUGGGAGCAGCAGGGUUGGACUUUGACCCAAUGUCCUUUCAAUGUAGUCCUCCAAGGGCAGAGCUUGCAGGUCCUGACUGCAGUACAUCUCAGGUGGAUUCCUCAGCCAGUGGCAAAGACAAGUCAAAUAGCUGCAAGAGAGAGUCAGAUUUGGGCAGUGUGUGUCUGACCCCUGGUAGUGCUACUAGUUCUGAACCAGUCUCUCACUCACCAGAUAAGCUGAUGAGCCCCUUCUUCUCUCCAGAUCUAAGCCCCACUGAUGAGAAACUGGCUAAGCCAACCUCUUUUGCAGAAAAGGUGGUUCAUGCUUUCUCCCCAAAGAUUGGGCGCAAGUCUCCCAAGUCUCCUCUGUUGACCAUCUCUGAACCUAUGACAAUUUCUGUACCAACGCGAGUAUCUGAAAUGAUUGGCAGUUUGGCAACCGUUUCACUGGGUACAUCUCCACCUCACACAAACCAAGCAGGGAAUAGCAGUGUCAGCAAAUCACCUCCGCAAAUGAUGUCAAUGCUGCUGAAGACCAGUGACAUGCAACUACCUGAGGGAUGCCGUCAGGAAAUCCACACCAAACUUUCUGCUGCAGUAAUAGAUUCGGAGGCCAAAGAGCAAAGUGUAGAUUGGCAUGAUCAGACCUAUCACUACAAGGCUGUACAUUCCACCCUUUCACAAGCAGGAACAAAAUGGCAAAGUUCAGAUUGGCAUGCACUGACCAAUCAAAACAAGAGUACAUCACCUACCCAUUCGCAAAUCGGGACAAAAGGGCAAAGCUCAGAUUGGCAUGACCUCCCCAAUCAAAACAAGUCUACACCAUCUACCAAUUCACAAACAGGGAUGAAAGGGCAAAUUUCGGAUUGGCAUGAACUGAGCAAUCAAAACAAGGCAGUACCAUCGACCCACUCUCAAGCAGGGACAAAAGAGAAAUGUUCAGAUUGGCCUGAAUUAACCAAUCAAAGCAACUCUGUACCAUCUACCCUUUUGCAAGUGGGAACCAAAGGGCAAAGUUCAGAUUGGCAUGAACUGACCAAUCAAAGUAAGGCUACACCAUCUGCCCAUCCACAUAUGGAGGCAAAAGGGCAAAUUUCAGAUUGGCGUGAGCUGAUCAAUCAAAACAAGGCAGUACCAUCCACCCAUUCACACACGGUGACUCCAGUGGAAUCCCCUCAGGAGGCUCCUCCGGUUAGCUCUGUGCCUCUCAUUCCACCACCUCCACCCCCAAAGAGUGCUGCUCGCUUGCUGGCGUUGGCUCUGGCUGAGAGUGCCCAGCAGGCCACUGUGCAGUCUCAGAAGAAGCCUCCGCCUGGGCGGCAGGUCUCAGGGGAUCAGAACCCCCACACUGUCCCUGUUACAGAGCCAUGCCCAGUAUUAACUGCCUCAGCACCUCCUACAACAGCCAGCUACCAGAUAACUGUGCAGCCAACUGUCGAACCACAACCCGCCACAGGCCAGGUCCCUCCCAGCACUACGGCAGGGCCCACAGCUUCAGGCCAGGUUCGAAUGGCAGUUUCUGCAGGAACUCCCAUGAAGCAGUCAGAGCCACGUGCUCCUGAACAGUCAGGGUCAGCUUUCAGCUCCGAUAACAACUAUGUCACCCGCCCUGCAACGGUCAUGGCCAUUCACAGUGGACAUCAGGAGAAAACAAGAGACAGCGUCCAAGCACCAGCUGUAAAACCGAGAGCUGAAUCUGUACCUGUGGAUCGCAGCACUUACAGUAACAAUCCACCAGUGCCACCCCUCCGAUCUUUGGAAAGUCGGGUGCCACCUAGUCAUUCCGUGUCUGAGACCAUUAAUGCCUCUAACUUCCAAUCAUUCCUAGCUUCAACAACCAUACCAUCAUCUAUAGAGGAUGCCUUACCCCCACCUCCUCCUCCCAAACCACCUUUUCUUUGCCAAUCACAUCCGUAUCAUUCCAAAAUGGAAAACUUGCCAGAUCUAGACAACCACUUCCAACAGAAGAACGCUCAUUCAAUGCAACCACUAGUCUACCAGUGCCGGGCUGACAGUGUCCCCCAGCACUUGUCCUACCAGUCCAGAUCAGAAAGCACACCCCAGCAUCUAUUGUAUGGUCCACGACCUGAGAACAUUCCCUUAGCCACAUCACGAAUUAACAGUUUUACCAGCCAGCCAAAAGCAGUCUCCGUUCACCUUUCCAAGCCUCGGCUUUCAAGGUCAGACUAUGUUCCAGUGGGGAAUCCUGCUAUGCGGGCAUUUGUGUGCCCACAUUCCCAGUUUGAGGAGUCAGUAUACCCCACAAUAAGGCGGGUUCAUUCUCUGCAUGUGCCUCCAUCUUCCAUUAGAUCAGUUCCCAUUUCAAGAACUGAGGUGCCUCCAGCUGAGGAGCUCUUCUACUAUCAGAGACCCAUCUAUCAGUAUAAACCCUGCCAACCACCACCACCACCACCACCUCAGUCAGAUUAUCACGUCACUCAGUUGCAGCCUUACUUUGAAAAUGGCCGAGUUCAGUACAGGUACAGCCCUUACUCCACCUCUGGACAUAACCUACAUGGGACUGAUGGUGUGAGUUAUGACUUUGCGGAUCCCUACGGUUCAAUAAGGCUGAGACAGUUCCAUUCUUUCACCAGUCGAGAUAUUCCACCCUAUGUUGGCAGAUUUCAGGGUAAAAUAUUUCCAUAUCCCAGUGCACCACUUUACCCACGCAGUGGUGCCCAUGCCAAUGUGAUGAGUAGAGAGCACAGUUUUGUAAGUCGUGAUGUGCCACCGUCUCCAGAUGUGAAACUGACCCAUGUGAUGUGGGAUCCGGAGGACGCUGAAAAAUCCCGCUUCCAGUCCAUUCGACGGGAGAUCCGCAGCCGUCAGAAAACCAAGGGCUUAGUGGUGUCACAGUAUGACAAUGUGACCCCUGUCCUACAGGAAGAAUUUGGAGGGCUAGAGAUCAUCCAUUCCAGAAGUAAAUCUGAUCCUGGGAAAACUGGUAUGGUGGCGAGUGAAGAAAAGGAAAGGUGGUAUCCCACCACCUCAAAGACUCCAGACCCUGACCCACCAUACGUCUAUCAGCACCCCGACUGUGAAUUGGAUAGUGGGACAUAUAUUGAGCCAUCAGCUCAUCAUCAUGGACCCUUUGGAAAUGGGCAGCUGGAAAAACCAGUACUUCCUCAGAAACUGAGCGCCAACAGGUCCAGGAGGCCACAUGAAUCUCCCUAUGAUCAGUCUCAGUAUGAUUCCUGUCAGAGGCCCUCUGCAGACUUGAAAGGGGGACAGAUGUACAGUGCACACACUGCUGUUCCAACAGGCUAUGGGCUGAAGCAUAGGCCAGACCACCCAGAUUCACGAACAUAUCCAUCUGCAACUGGUAAAUAUGUGCUUUCUUCUCACGAGCCUUUACGGAGUUAUGAAGAUUCCUUCCGGGUAGCAAGUGAGAGGCCGGAAUUGGAAAAACCAAAAGUGAGGGGGGGUGGAGGGGAUCAGCCUUCCAGAGACUGCUACAGCGAGGAGGAUGAGCCUGCCAGGCCAUUGAUAUCCGGCCAGACUGAGAGAAGUUACAGCACCAGAUUUCAGCAGCACCCAGAGCCCUUGGUUAGGGAACAAUCUCUCUCGUACCCAUACCCAUGCUUAGGCCAUUCGGGCAGUAAGCGGCACAGCACAUUGACAGUGAUGUCUCAGUAUGAUAACUUGGAUGACUAUCACACUCUGUCCCAGCAGCAAAGAGGAGGUCUUGGAGGAAGUGCCCCAUUUGUUCCUCUGGGCUUCAGUCAUCCUCAAGGAAGGACAUUUAGCACUGCUUUAGGCCAGGGAAGCUUCAUGACGACAGAGUUGGCAUUGCAGAGAGCUGAAGCGGAAGUACAUGUGGAAUGAGCAGAAAUUUUACCCUAUGCAGUCUCUGCUGGGCAGUGGACUGUUUUAUUUUUAAAAAGAUAACCAGAGUACUGUUUUUAAACACAAAAUAUGGCGAAUAUUGGAUUUUUGUGUUGUGUAUUUCAAGUAUGUGUAUGAAACGUGAGAUUGCAUUUGUGCCCUUGGUGAAUGACUCUCAGCUCAGUGUUAAUAACUGUCUGGAAACAGCAUGAGGGCUCAACAGUUAAGGGAAUUAUCUUCCUUGUUUGUUUCUAGUGAGAAAAAUGAUUUGGAUCAGUGAAGCUGCGGAGGAGAGCUUGUUACCCGCUCUGCCUCUGUCAAUAACCCCUUACCCCACCCCAAUUACCCCUGCAGGGCUGGCUCUGCAUUUAUCAACCUCUGCCUCCUUGUCUCACCUGCCACCCCCC